UAUUUUUUGUUGUUGGUGUCUGUUCCCUAGCCGUCAGUGCAUCCUUCAUUACACACCCAAGCAGCAGCACAGGUUAGCUAGACAGAAUAUACAGGAUCCCAUUGGACUUAACCAAUCGCUAGCAAUCCCAACCCAACGGUAGAAGCCAGAGAAACAACUAGUCCUAUUUACCAAUAAUAUAAUAUCUGUUUAUCCUAGUACAGCAGAACUCUAUAGGGGAUCGAGAUGUUCCUAAUCAAGACCAUGAUGCCUAACCCGCUGGCUGGUUUGAAUCCUAUGGGUGGAGGAGAGGAGGAAGCGGAGGCGGCCCCUGCAGACCCGGCCAAAGCAGCAGGGAUGACACGCGAGGAGUAUGAGGAGUACCAAAAACAGUUGGUGGAGGAGAAGAUGGAGAGAGAUGCCGACUUCUUACACAAGAAAGCUGAGAGGGCAACUCUGCGGGUGUGCCUACGAGACAAGUACAGACUCCCAAAGAGCGAGCAGGACGAUAACAUGCUGGCCAUGGCUGGAGACGACGUGGACGUACCCGAGGAGCUCCUCAAGAUGGUGGACGAGGAUGCCACGGAGGAGGAGGACAAGGACUCCAUCUUGGGUGGCAUUCAGAACCUCCAGAACAUGGACAUGGACCAGCUCAAGGAGAAGGCCUCGGCCACCGUGACGGAGAUGAAAGCCAAGGCAGAGGAGAAAUGCUCUGUCAUGUAAAUAAAAUAAAAUGGAAGAUUUCACUUCAUGAACAGCCGGUCCCAAUUCCAUCCCUAGCCCGAUUCGAUCCCUUGGCCCUAACCCUUCAAUGUUUGCAGAUCUGAAGGUGGAAGAAAUAUGGUGGAAGCUGUACCACCACACUGCCUAUACUUAUUAAGACCAUUAGACAUGCUAACAUAAAGGUGUAAAGGAACAAGGGGGAGGGAAAGGGAGUGAUUUAGGAUCGACUGUAAACAAACCGAUCCUAUAAGAGUCUCCAAUCUCCACCCAGCAGACCUGGGUCUAAAAUAAGUAUCUGAGCUAUUUUAAAGCUCCUAUACUCAACUGGUGGACCGCAUCUAUUUAUUGUUAAAAAAAUAGAACUCGAUCGGGCUUCGACCCCUGGUAUCAUUUAAACACACAUAAGACGUGUAGAAUUGCAGGAAAUUAGCUUUGAAACAGCAACAAAAUUCUCUGCCCAAUGUGAAAUGUGUAGAAUUGCAGGGAAUUUGCUUUAAAACUGCAAAAUUUUCUCUACGCCAACAAGAGGGGUGUGAACAGUUUGGGGUCCAAUGGGUUGUGAGGUUGGUGUUUGUUACUACGCCGAUAAAUGACAUUAUCCAUCUGGACCUUAGCCACAUAGGAAAUUUGUUUGACCGGACCUUCUCAACUAGUACUUGAGUACCCAUGUUUUAAAGUCUCCUUUGAGUGUUUUGAUUGAGCCUGUCUGGGGAGUGCCAAAUGGACGGGCCGAGUUGGUUUGCACUUUUGGUACUAUUCCAUUGUUGGUUCCAUAAUUGUGCCAGGUAAGCUCAAUCAAGCACAGCUGAAAGAAAACAUAUACUAUUUGAACCCAGGUCUAAGAGAGUCCUCUAUCUCCCCCUAUCAAUGAUCAAAGCUGUGAAAUCUGCUUGGCGACAUCCAAUGGUAGCAGGUCUUGCUGAAAUGGAAGUUAAUUUCCCAAACAACUUCUUGUGUGAAUCGGUUUCUGUUUUGAAGUCUCCCCUUAAUUUGCUGUUUGUAUAACUUGUAAAAGUACGUAUUUUUUGUAUGUGUGUGAAUGAAUGCUGUUUUAGAUUUGUUUCUCCCCCAUUUGUGUUAUUCUCCAUGUUUCAUCGGUUAAUUAGGAAAUUAUGACACUCAUGAUGGCCACUUUUACACUUUAUGCAACUGACAAUAUUUUGGACAGUUGCAAAAUGCAUUCUGUUGCAUAUCCUGCUCCACACAUACAAUUGUAAAUCUUUGACAAUCACCUCUAUCAAUGUUUAUCCAAAACAACAAGCAUAAAACAAGCCUGUAAGAGAUAAAUACUUGCAGUUUUGCACAAUCCAUCAUUUAAAUAAAAUAUAUAGUCUUUAAUCCAUAAUUAAACAAACUGUACAUUAACAUUGACCUACACACUGAAGUACUAAUGUUAAGGAUUUUGGAUUAUUCUAAAAUAUAUAUAUAUAUUAAAUGUAAAGUUAUGUUGUGCUGUUAGAAUUAUACAUGUUCAUGCAGAAGCCAAUGACAAAUAA